GCUUGCUCUCCACGCGCCCCCCAAGUCUCCCACCGCUCCCCAGGGUCGGUCCCCGGGGCCGGCGCGUGGCCAUGAGCGCGCAGCUGGACGGCCUGUCGCUGAGCUCGUCCUGCUCGGGCUCUCUGGGCUCGGCGGCCGGGCCGGGCGGUGGGGUCGGGGUCGGCGGGGCGACUGCGGGGCUGCGGCUGCUGUCGGCCAACGUGCGGCAGCUGCACCAGGCGCUCACGGCCCUGCUGAGCGAGCCGGAGCGGGAACAGAUCACGCACUGCCUGAACGCCUACCACGCGCGCCGCAACGUCUUCGACCUGGUGCGCACCCUGCGCGUCCUGCUGGACAGCCCGGGCAAGCGGCGCCUGCUGCCCAUGCUGCGCCUGGUCAUCCCCCGCUCCGACCAGCUGCUCUUCGACCAGUACACCGCCGAGGGCCUCUACCUGCCCGCCACCACCGUCGCCACCACCCCUUACAGGCAGCCUUCCUGGGCUGGUGGCCCCGACGGUGCAGGGCCCGGAGAAGUGCGCCUGGUGAGUCUCCGACGCGCCAAGGCCCAGGAGGGUCUGGGUUUCAGCAUCCGAGGGGGCUCCGAGCACGGCGUGGGCAUCUAUGUGUCGCUGGUGGAGCCUGGAUCUCUGGCCGAGAAGGAAGGGUUGCGAGUGGGGGAUCAGAUCCUGAGAGUCAACGACAAGUCCCUGGCACGGGUGACCCACGCAGAGGCUGUCAAGGUUCUCAAGGGCUCCAAGAAGCUGGUGCUGUCUGUAUACUCCACAGGGCGUGUCCCCGGCGGCUAUGUCACCAACCACAUCUACACCUGGGUGGACCCCCAGGGCCGCAGUGUCUCCCCACCUUCCGGCAUGUCUCAGGCCCACAGUGGGGCCCUGAGGCAGAGAGAAGUUGACCGGAGGAGCACCCUGGCCCUCCUGCAGGGCGGAGAUGAGAAAAAGGUAAAUCUGCUGCUGGGAAAUGGCCGGUCCCUGGGCCUCACCAUUCGCGGAGGUGCCGAAUAUGGCCUAGGCAUCUAUGUCACCGGUGUGGACCCGGGCUCUGAAGCAGAGAGCAGUGGGCUCAAGGUUGGGGACCAGAUCCUGGAGGUGAAUGGGCAGAGUUUUCUCAACAUCCUUCACGAUGAUGCAGUCCGGCUGCUCAAGUCCUCCCAGCAUCUCAUCCUGACCGUGAAGGACGUUGGGAGGCUGCCCCAUGCCCGCACCACUGUGGACGAGACCAAGUGGAUCGCCAGUUCCCGGAUCGGAGACCCUGCAGCCCUUGGAGCAGGGUUCCCCAUGGAGCUCACAGUCGAAGGGAACAGCAAGCUGGGGUUCUACAAGGGGCCGGCGGGCUCGCAGGUGACUCUGAGCAGCCUGGGCCACCAGACACGGGCACUUCUGGAGGAGCAGGCCCGACAGCUGCUCAGCGAGCCAGAACGUGCCACUCUGGCCUACUACCUGAACGAGUACCGUAGUGGCAGCGUGCCCGUGGAGGCCCUAGUCAUGGCACUGUUCGAGCUACUCAAUACCCACGCCAAGUUCUCUCUCCUCUCUGAGGUAAGAGCGAUCAUCUCCCCCCAAGACCUGGACCGCUUCGACCACCUGGUGCUGAGGCGGGAGAUUGAAUCCAUGAAGGCUCGGCAGCCCACGGGCCCUGGGCCCGGGGACACCUAUUCUGUGGUCUCCUACAGCGACGCGGGCUCAUCCACGGGCAGCCAUGGCACCUCCACCACCGUCAGCUCGGCCAGGAACACUCUGGACUUGGAGGAAACGGGCCAGACUGUCCAGGGCCCUAGCAACACCCUUCCUGACAUUGCCCUGGAUGAUGUCAGACCCGGCCCCCAGGGGCUUCCCAACUUCAAGCCACCGCUGCCACCCCCUCCUCCAAGCCGCGAGGACAUUCAGCCGCCUCUGUCCUCUGCUUCAUCUUCAUCUCACUCUGGCAUCAUCUUUUCAGCACCCGGGAACCGCAGCCCGCCGGCGGGCAGCUCCCCCACCCCAGGACCCUCCACAGUUCCAGAAUCUCCCUCCUCACCCAUCUACGCCUCCGUCUCCCCUGCCAACCCUGGCACCAAGAGGCCCCUGGAUGCCCACUUGGCUCUGGUCAACCAGCAUCCCAUUGGCCCUUUCCCUCGUGUCCAGUCCCCCCCACACCUGAAAAACCUCCCUGCAGAGGUCACACCAGCUGGGGGCUGCCUCCUGCCACCCUCUCCUUUGAGCCGGCCCGAGCAGGCUGGCACCAACCAGCACUUCGUCAUGGUGGAGGUGCAUCGGCCGGAUAGCGAGCCGGAUGUGAACGAAGUCAGGGCAUUGCCCCAGACACGCACAGCCUCCACGCUGUCGCAGCUCUCCGACAGUGGGCAGACCCUGAGCGAGGACAGUGGCGUGGACGCCGGAGAGGCAGAAGCCAGCGCCCCGGGGAGAGCCAGACAAGUGGCUUCCACCAAGAGUAGGAGCAGCAAGGAGCCCCCCAGGAGUGAGAGGGCCACUGAAGGGACCACCAAACCGCCUGGACUCCUUGAACCCACGUCCACCCUGGUCCGUGUGACAAAGAGUGCUGCCACCUUGGGCAUCGCCAUCGAGGGUGGCGCUAACACCCGCCAGCCACUGCCCCGGAUUGUCACCAUCCAGCGAGGCGGCUCUGCCCACAAUUGUGGGCAGCUCAAGGUGGGCCAUGUGAUCCUGGAGGUGAAUGGACAGCCCUUGAGAGGCAAGGAACACCGAGAGGCCGCCCGCAUCAUCGCCGAGGCCUUCAAGACCAAGGAGCGCAGUUACAUAGACUUCCUGGUCACCGAGUUCAACGUGCUGCUCUAAACCCAGGGGUCCCAUGGCACCCCCUUCAGGGGGGCAGGACUGCUGGCCCGGGGUCCCUUCCUGCUCCUUCCAGCCUACCAGAGUAGAAGCAGGAGAAAGAAGAGAGAUGGACAAGAUGAAUG